CCAUCCAUCACUCGGUCUCUGAGCUGCAGGACAUGGGCAGGACAAUGGGAGGGUUUUCCUGCCCCAAUCUGCCCUGGAGGAGAGGCCACUGCACUGGAGUGUGGGCUGGCUGGCGUGUGCCCGUUCUGGCACUGCCCGUCCUGUGUCUGUGUGUGUGCAUGUGGCUCUGUCUGUCUCCAUGUUGGCCCUGUGUACUGAUUCCAGCCUGCCAAGGCUGCAUGUCUGACUCUGUGUGCUUCUCUUUCAGGGAGCACGCUGCCAGGAUGGGCGCUUUUGGGAGGCAGGAGUCUUCCUUCAAGGCCAUGCUGACCAUCAGCUGGUUCACUCUGACCUGCUUCUCUGGGGAGACAUCCGCAGUGGCUGCUGGGUGCCCUGAUCAGAGCCGAGAGCUGCAACCCUGGAACCCUGGCCAUGACCAAGACCACCAUGUGCAUAUCGGCCGGGGUAGGACACUGUUGCUCACUUCUUCUGCCACUGUCUAUUCCAUCCACAUCUCAGAGGGAGGCAAGCUAGUCAUUAAAGACCAUGAUGAGCCGAUUGUUUUGCGAACCAGGCACAUCCUGAUCGACAACGGAGGAGAGAUGCAUGCUGGGAGUCCCCUCUGCCCUUUCCAGGGCAAUUUCACCAUCAUUUUGUAUGGAAGAGCUGAUGAAGGUAUUCAGCCGGAUCCUUACUACGGUCUGAAGUACAUUGGCGUCGGUAGAGGAGGCACUCUUGAGUUGCAUGGACAGAAAAAGCUCUCCUGGACGUUUCUGAACAAGACCCUUCACCCAGGUGGCAUGGCAGAAGGAGGCUAUUUUUUUGAAAGGAGCUGGGGCCACCGCGGAGUCAUUGUUCACGUCAUCGACCCCAAAUCAGGCACAGUUAUCCAUUCUGACCGGUUUGACACCUAUAGAUCCAAGAAAGAGAGUGAACGUCUGGUCCAGUAUUUGAACGUGGUGCCCGAUGGCAAGAUCCUUGCUGUUGCGGUGAAUGAUGAAGGUUCUCGAAAUCUAGAUGACAUAGCCAGGAAGGCGAUGACCAAAUUGGGAAGCAAACACUUCCUACACCUUGGAUUUAGACACCCCUGGAGUUUUCUAACUGUGAAAGGAAGUCCGUCUUCUUCAGUGGAAGACCAUAUUGAAUAUCAUGGACACCGGGGCUCUGCCGCUGCCCGAGUAUUCAAAUUGUUCCAGACUGAGCAUGGCGAAUACUUCAAUGUUUCUUUGUCCAGCGAGUGGGUUCAAGAUGUGGAGUGGACGGAGUGGUUCGACCACGAUAAAGUAUCUCAGACUAAAGGUGGGGAGAAAAUCUCAGACCUCUGGACAGUUCAUCCGGGAAAAAUCUGCAAUCGUCCCAUUGAUAUACAGGCCACUACAAUGGAUGCAGUUAACCUCAGCACCGAGGUCGUCUACAAAAAAGGCCAAGAUUAUAGGUUUGCUUGCUACGACCGGGGCCGAGCCUGCAGGAGCUACCGUGUGAGGUUCCUCUGUGGGAAGCCUGUGAGGCCCAAACUCACAGUCACCAUUGACACCAAUGUGAACAGCACCAUUCUGAACCUGGAGGACAAUGUACAGUCGUGGAAGCCUGGAGACACCCUGGUCAUUGCAAGUACUGAUUACUCCAUGUACCAGGCAGAAGAGUUCCAGGUGAUUCCCUGCAGGUCCUGCGCCCCCAACCAGGUCAAAGUGGCAGGGAAACCGAGGUACCUGCACAUCGGGGACGAGAUCGACGGCGUGGACAUGCGGGCGGAGGUCGGGCUCCUGAGCCGGAACAUCAUGGUGAUGGGGGAGAUGGAGGACAAAUGCUACCCCUACAGAAACCACAUCUGCAAUUUCUUUGACUUUGAUACCUUUGGGGGCCACAUCAAGUUUGCUCUGGGAUUCAAGGCAGCACACCUGGAGGGCAUGGAGCUGAAGCAUAUGGGACAGCAGCUGGUGGGUCAGUACCCGAUUCACUUCCACCUGGCCGGUGAUGUGGACGAAAGGGGAGGCUAUGACCCACCCACAUACAUCAGGGACCUCUCCAUCCAUCAUACAUUCUCUCGCUGUGUCACAGUCCAUGGCUCCAAUGGCUUGUUGAUCAAGGACGUCGUGGGUUAUAACUCUUUGGGUCACUGCUUCUUCACGGAAGACGGGCCGGAGGAACGCAACACCUUUGACCACUGUCUUGGCCUCCUUGUCAAGUCCGGAACCCUCCUCCCCUCAGACCGUGACAGUAAGAUGUGCAAGACGAUCACCGAGGACUCCUAUCCGGGGUACAUCCCCAAGCCCAGGCAGGACUGCAACGCCGUGUCCACGUUCUGGAUGGCCAAUCCUAACAACAACCUCAUCAACUGUGCCGCUGCAGGAUCCGAGGAAACGGGCUUUUGGUUCAUUUUUCACCACGUACCGACGGGCCCCUCCGUAGGAAUGUACUCCCCAGGUUACUCAGAGCACAUUCCACUGGGAAAAUUCCAUCACAACCGAGCACAUUCCAACUACCGGGCUGGCAUGAUCAUAGACAACGGGGUCAAAACCACCGAGGCCUCUGCCAAGGACAAGCGGCCCUUCCUCUCUAUCAUCUCUGCCAGGUACAGUCCUCACCAGGACGCCGACCCGCUGAAGCCCCGGGAGCCCGCCAUCAUCAAGCACUUCACUGCCUACAAGAACCAGGACCACGGAGCCUGGCUGCGCGGCGGGGACGUGUGGCUGGACAGCUGCCGGUUUGCUGACAAUGGCAUCGGCCUGACCUUGGCCAGCGGUGGAACGUUCCCGUAUGACGAAGGCUCCAAGCAGGAGAUAAAGAACAGCUUGUUUGUUGGCGAGAGCGGCAACGUGGGGACGGAGAUGAUGGACAACAGGAUCUGGGGCCCUGGCGGCUUGGACCAUAGCGGAAGGACCCUCCCUAUAGGCCAGAAUUUUCCGAUUAGAGGAAUUCAGUUCUAUGACGGCCCCAUCAACAUCCAAAACUGCACCUUCCGAAAGUUCGUGGCCCUGGAGGGCCGGCACACCAGCGCCCUGGCCUUCCGCCUGAACAAUGCCUGGCAGAGCUGCCCCCAUAACAACGUGACCGGCAUUGCCUUUGAGGACGUUCCGAUUACUUCCAGAGUGUUCUUCGGAGAGCCUGGGCCCUGGUUCAACCAGCUGGACAUGGAUGGGGAUAAGACAUCUGUGUUCCAUGACGUCGAUGGCUCCGUGUCCGAGUACCCAGGCUCCUACCUCACGAAGGAUGACAACUGGCUGGUCCGGCACCCAGACUGCAUCAACGUCCCCGACUGGAGAGGAGCCAUCUGCAGCGGUCGCUAUGCACAGAUGUACAUUCAAGUCUACAAGACCAGUAACCUGCGAAUGAAGAUCAUCAAGAAUGACUUCCCCAGCCACCCUCUCUACCUGGAAGGGGCGCUCACCAGGAGCACCCAUUACCAGCAGUACCAGCCAGUCGUCACCCUGCAGAAGGGCUACACCAUCCACUGGGACCAGACGGCCCCUGCCGAACUCGCCAUCUGGCUCAUCAACUUCAACAAGGGCGACUGGAUUCGCGUGGGGCUCUGCUACCCGCGAGGCACCACCUUCUCCAUCCUGUCGGACGUGCACAAUCGCCUGCUGAAGCAAACGUCCAAGACGGGCAUCUUCGUGAGGACCUUGCAGAUGGACAAAGUGGAGCAGAGUUAUCCCGGCAGGAGCCACUACUACUGGGACGAGGACUCAGGGCUGCUGUUCCUGAAGCUGAAAGCUCAGAACGAGAGAGAGAAGUUUGCUUUCUGCUCCAUGAAAGGCUGUGAGAGGAUAAAGAUUAAAGCUCUGAUCCCAAAGAACGCAGGCAUCAGUGACUGCACAGCCACAGCCUACCCCAGGUUCGCUGAGAGGGCUGUCGUGGAUGUGCCGAUGCCCAAGAAGCUCUUUGGUUCUCAGCUGAAAACAAAGGACCACUUCUUGGAGGUGAAGAUGGAGAGUUUGAAGCAGCACUUCUUCCACCUUUGGAAUGACUUCGCUUACAUCGAGGUGGAUGGGAAGAAGUACCCCAGCUCGGAGGAUGGCAUCCAGGUGGUGGUGAUUGACGGGCACCAAGGGCGUGUGGUGAGCCACAUGAGCUUCAGGAACGCCAUUCUGCAGGGCAUACCAUGGCAGCUUUUCAACUACAUGGCGGCCAUCCCUGACAAUUCCAUAGUGCUCAUGGUGUCAAAGGGAAGAUACGUCUCCAGAGGCCCGUGGACCAGAGUGCUGGAAAAGCUUGGGGCAGAAAGGGGUCUCAAGUUGAAAGAGCAAAUGGCAUUCGUUGGCUUCAAAGGCAGCUUCCGGCCCAUCUGGGUGACUCUGGACACUGAGGAUCACAAGGCCAAAAUCUUCCAAGUUGUGCCCAUCCCUGUGGUGAAGAAGAAGAAGCUGUGAGGACAGCUGCCGCCCCGUGCCACCUCAUGGUGGACUGUGUUGGUGACUCUUGGCAGCAGACCACUGGGGGAUGGCUGGGUCCCCCAGCCCCUCCCAGCAGCUGCCUGGGAAGACCAUGUGUCGGCCCUGAUGGGCCGAGGGAAGGAUAUUAGAGACCCUGGUGCUGCCACCUGCCCCCACUCGAGUGUCUACCUGCAGCCCCUGGGGCGGUGCUGGAAACCUCCACUUUCCUGGAGCCUCGUGGGUACUUCUCUAUCUGUGCCUCUUCAGCGGGGUGUGGGGACCAUAUCAGGAGACCUGGGUUUUGCGGACAGCAAAGAUACACCUGGCCAGGAGCCCCAACCCAGCUGGGAGGUAGCCUGGAGGGCUGGUCAGUUACAGAUCCCCACGGUCUGCAGCAGACAAGUGAGGGCGGUGAAUGUAGGUUCCUUGGCCUUGAGGACAUCUUCACUCCUGUAAGCAAAAGCCAGCCCCACAGGAUUAGGAGCUGGGCCGGAAGUGGCUACCCUCAGGGAAAAGGCAAGCCCUGCCUCCGGCCGUGUCCACCUUUCAGGAGACCGGGGCAGGUCAGGAUUUGAACUAGAUGACCCCCAAAGGCCCUUGGAGCUGUGAGAGUCCUGAAAUCUGCAGCAUUUCACAUGGUACCUGAAACCCAACAGUAGAGGAAAACAUUCUUUUCCUCUGCUAGCCAUGAGGCUGGGUGCCCCAGGGCACACAGGAUGGAGAGGUGAGAAUGAAUGCCUAGACGGAGGGGCCUGCGGUCCAGUGGGGUGGGCGGUCAGGCCCAUGCGCACUGCAACGCCAGGCAGAGAAAUCACACGGAGGUAAAACGGAGACCAGUGUCAUCUCAGAGGGGAGGGUCAGGAAGGCUUCUGGCUGGCAGGAGUGAAGGCUGGGGGCAUUUUGGUGGGGGGAGAGGUAGCCUCUGGGGUGGGUCAGGGAGGGAUUGGGCCCUCCCUGCUGCCACCUGCUGAAGCUGGUGACUGCGGCGUCGCCCCUUGCCCACUCCUCGUCGGCCCACUCAUGAUGGAGAAGUGUGGUCAGAGGGAGCAGUGGGCUUCGCCGCUUAUGCCCAGAGCAGGGAGGAACCCGUUCCCCGGGCAGCCCUGCCUCCGACCCCGAGAGAGUGGAGUGAAGGUCAAGGAAGUGAGCGCCUGUCUUGGGGCCUCAUUUACUCUUCAUCCAGGGGACUGAGCAGUGGGGACUCCAGGAGACCCUAGAUGUGCUUACACUCCCUCGGCCUGGGAUUUCAGAGCUGGAAAUACCGAAAAUACCUAGUCCAAAGCCUUCAUUUUAACAGAUGGGGAAAAUGAACCCCCGAGAUGGGAAAGAACCACACGGCCAGGGGAGGGCCCGGGGAGCCCCACCCCAGCCCUUGCUGCCACACCACACUGCCUCAACAGCCAGCCCAGAGUGCCCAGGGGCUCCCGAAGCGGCUUCCAGAAAUGGGGACAAGUCCCCUCGAAGGAAACAAAAUGAUUAGCGUGACAACGAGCCGCCGUCUCCCUCCUGCUCCCCGCACACAAACCCACCCUCCCCCUGGUGUUGGCGGUCCCUGUGGCCUUCACUCUGUCCACUACCUGUCAGCCCCACCGGGGGACAGCCGCUGCCAGCUCCCCAUCGGUGCUAGCGUCUCUACAGGUGCGGCCCAGCAGAUGGGGCAGGGCCAGCCAUGUUUCUGGUGAGCCAAUUCGGCUGACCUCGGGUGUGUGAACAGCUGUCGGGUCCACCCCAGUCCCACUGAGCUGCUGCUAACUGCCCUUCUGUCUCCCUAGCCCACCUUAGAGAGGUCCCAAAGAGCCCGUGGAAGAGGGAGGACUCAUCUGUGGUUUAUACUCACAGAAGGCGAUGGGGUCUCCCUGGGUUUUGUGAUGAUGAACUACGUUUAUCCCCUUUCCUGCCCCAACCACAAACUCUUUCCUUCAAAGAGGGCCUGCCUGGCUCCCUCCAGCCAAUUGCACCCAUGAGACUCGGUCCAAGAGUCCCUUCCCCAGUGGGGAGCCAACUGCCAGGGUUUUUUCCCACCAAACAUCUUUCAGCUGCUGGGAGGUGAGCGUUAGACUCUGCUUUUAAAGCUAUGGCCGCUUCAUAGGCCAGAAUCACAGGAAGGACCUUUUCCAGGGAGAUUGGCGGUGACAGACGAGGAGAGUUCCAGUGACCUCAUGUCCUCGUUGUCCACGGUUUUGUUGAGUUUUCACGCUUUUCAUGCAAGGGUCUCACACUGUGAACCACUUAGGAUGUGAUCACUUUCAGGUGGCCAGGAAUGCUGAAUGUCUUUGGCUCAGUUCAUUUUUUAAAAAAGAUAUCUAUUUGAAAGUUCUCAGAGUUGUACAUAUGUUUCACAGUAUGGGAUCUGUACAUAAAGCUUUUUGCUAAACCAUUCACCAAGAGCCAAUAUCUAGGCAUUUUCUUGGUAGCAAUUUUCUUAUUGCUUUAGAAAACUAUUCUUGGUGUUUGUUUGUAAGAUGUAAGUGAGUUAGGUCUUUAAGGAAAGCAAUGCUCCUCUGAAAUGCGUGUCUUUUACCUGCUGCCGAAAUAGCUGGUCCUUUUUCGGGAGUUAGAUGUAUAGAGUGUUUGUAUGUAAACAUUUCUUGUAGGCAUCACUAUGAACAAAGAUAUAUUUUCUAUUUAUUUAUUAUAUGUGCACUUCAAGAAGUCACUGUCAGAGAAAUAAAGAACUGUCUUAAUUGUCAUGUUUGGAAUGUCCUUUGCAUUGCUUGGAAGGGGUUCGCCUAGAGCCAAGGACAUUGGCUCUGGUUUGGAAAAUUUUGCUGUAUCAUAGUCAACAUGCAAAGGAUGUCA